UUGAGAAAUGAAGUUAAUAAACUGGAGGAGAGGCUUGGAGUUACUGAUGAUCAUCUCAAACAAAAGAAUCUGAAUAUCAAGAAACUGACAGAUGAAAAGAAAUGUGCAUUGGCUACACAAUAUGCGGCAGAAGCAACUCUUAGAAGGGUAUAUGCAAAUCAAAAGGAUGAUGAUAUUCUCCCAAUUGACAGCAUCAUUACUCCAUUUGAAGCUGAGAUUAAAAUAUACAAGAAUGAGUUACAAAUAAUGUAACUCCCAGCAAGGAUGCAUUUGUCAAAUAAUUAAUUAAUUUAAUGUAA